AGCAGGAAUGUGUGAUCGGGAGUUCGGCCAGUGAGCGCCGCUCCGCUCGUCCGUCUCUGCGCCGCGCAGGAGUAAAUCAUUGAUCCAAGCCUUCGCUUUUACAUAUCGACGAGGAGGAAGUGAUUUGGUUCGGAGUCUGCAGUCACUUUUUUAUUUCGUAUUUUGGAUUCACUCUUUGCUCGAUCGGAAUAAUUUCUCACCUUCUCGGCUGGAGAAAAGUUUGACUUAAGACCCGAACACAGCUGGACUCCGCAGAUGUAAACCGCUUCUUUAACAUCGAGCGCACCUCACAUCAUGGAUCCAGAGUCAAUGAGGAGGUGAAGACCACAAGUGUUAAAUGCUCACUGCAAGCUUUCCAGCAACACAGCAACUGCUCAUUUAACUGCUGUCCUGCUCAGUGACUGUAUUCAUGAUGGCAUCCAGUCUGACCUGCACGGGUGUUAUCUGGGCCCUGCUGUCCCUGCUAUGUGCCGCUGCCUCCUGCGUUGGCUUCUUCAUGCCCUACUGGCUGCUGGGAACGCAGAUGGACAAGCCCGUGUCUUUUGGCACCUUCCGCCGUUGCUCCUACCCUGUAAGAGACGAGGAGAAGCAGAUCACGGUGAUGCUGGAGCAGUGCGGGCGCUACGCCUUCUUUCAUGGCAUCCCGAGCUUGCAUUGGAGGAUCUGCACAGUGGUGACGGGUGUGGGGUGCGGCCUGCUCCUGCUGGUGGCCCUCACAGGUCUGAUGGGCUGCUGCAUCUCUGACCUCAUCUCUCGUACGAUCGGUCGUGUGGCAGGUGGCAUCCAGUUUGUUGGAGGUCUGCUGAUUGGGUCGGGCUGCGCACUCUAUCCACUGGGAUGGGACAGUGAAGAAGUCCAGCAGACCUGUGGCAAUAGCUCAGACCAGUUUAAACUGGGUUCCUGUCAGAUUGGCUGGGCGUACUACUGCACAGGGGCGGGUGCGGCCACUGCCAUGCUCCUCUGCACCUGGCUCUCCUGCUUUGCCGGGAAGAAGCAGAAGCACUAUCCGUACUGACGAGAGAAUCAGAGAGAAAGGGACAGACCUCGGGCGGAACAACAAAUGGGGGAGGACUCCAACUGUGUGGACUCAGACAAGUACAGCACAUCAGGCACCAAAGACGGCAAGUCAUGACGGUGCUCUGCACAAGCUUUGGUACGGGUCUCAACUGACGACAGCAGAGACUGUUUCAUAAUGCAGCACACACAUGGCUCUGAAAACCUCUCUUAAAAGAUGUUAUUCAAUGAAAGAUGUAUGGACCAAGCUUAUAAGUAAACUUGUUAGAUUAUGUUUUCUGUUAUUUCCUUUAUCUAUAUCUCCUACAGUCAUUGAUGUUUAUGUGAUGGUGUGGCCUGUAAAGAGCAGACAAAAUAUUCCCUGAUUAUUCCCGAAGUGUUCCCAUCCCCACUGUGUCUCCCAUUCUUGCCUUAAACAACCUAAAAUGCAAUAAUACCUGUAAUAAUGGAAAGCAGCCCAGAAAACUGGCCACCUCCCUCCUCAGCUCAGCCUUUUUUCAGAUUUCAGAAAUUUAAGCAGAGUUUAUUAGCACGUUCAUAAGAUAUACAAUGUGUAUGGUAUUGUAUUUUAUCAUGUUAUCACGUGUUUUGUAUUCACUCUCAAAUUAUUCUUUGUCGUGCUUUUUGUUUUGUAAAUAAAUGUUUAAUUAAACCCUG